AUGUCGGACGACGAAGCAGACCCCGAGCUGCUGGAGUUGCUCCGUCAGUCCCUCGGACUCGGCCGCCAAGCAAAAUCAGGGCCUUCCGUCGAUACAAAAGUCCUUGCAAGCGCCCAACAUGUCUUCGACAACUCCGUCGAUGUGGCCUUAGACCCUUUCAAAACCAAGGCCGCAGCAGAGACCAUCUGGCAGCUGAUGCAGAAGAAGAGGUAUUCUACGAAGAAGUGGGCAGAGCAUGAACUGCACCCGCAGGCCAAGGAUGCAAACACGGUUGAUUUCAUCUUCACGAUGGAUUUGUUGAAUUUUAGCUUCUGGUCGGAUGAGGCGGAUGAGGCGAAGCAGUUUGCCAUCGAGUAUCGAGGGAAUAGGUGGAAGGGAUAUUGGAGUCUGGUGGCUGCGUUGCAGAGAGCUCUCGAUGAAGAGAUCCCAAUCACGAGCUCGGAUUUCUGGCAGAAUGAGGACGAAUGCACAGAGGAAGUUUUGCGCCAUGUAUUCCGGUCUGCAACGGAUGAGGAAAUCCCCAUGUUCCAAGAACGCCUAGAUUGUCUUCGUGAGGCCGGGAAAAUUCUCUACGAUAAAUACCGCUGUAGCUUCACAUCCUGCAUUGAAGAAGCCAACGGCUCCGCCGCAGUACUCGUAAAUCUGAUUGCAGAUAACUUCCCCUGCUUCAGAGACAGGACGAGGUUCGAGGGGAAGGAAGUACGCUUCUACAAGCGCGCCCAGAUCCUGGUCGCAGACCUCUGGGCCUGUUUCCGUGGCAAAUCCUACGGGAAAUUCCAUGAUAUUGAUAAACUCACAAUGUUCGCAGACUACCGAAUCCCCCAAAUGCUACACACCCUCGGCUGCCUGCUCUAUUCCCCACCGCUAGAAACGCACAUCCGCCAGCGCAAACUACUGCCAAGUGGACACAGAUGGGAAACAGAGCUACGCGGCACGAGCAUCUGGUGCAUCGAGCUGAUCCGCCGCGAGAUUGAAAAGCAGCAUGACAAAAUGGCACGACCUGGUAUGUAUGCGGAGCUGACGCCGCAGCUCAUGACGGCGUCCGGGUCUGUGGCGGCGUCGGGAUCUGUUUCUGUGAGGGGUGCAGGAGGUGAGGGGGAUGUGGGGGAUGAUGAGAAAGGGGAGGUGGUGAGUGCCGAUGCUGAGGAGGAGGAGGAGGAGGAGGAGGAAAAAGAAGAGAAAAAUGAGGCGUAUCCAUUGGGUGUCAAUGCGGUGUUGAUUGAUUUCAUGCUGUAUGAUUCGAUAAAGGAGAUGGAAAGGGAAGGGAAGGAGACUAUCCCACACCAUCGUACAAGGAGCAUUUGGUACUGA